UUUUUUUCUACCUCGCCGGCCGGAGUAGUUACAAGGGAUGGAUUUCUCUACCAUAGCGAAGAGGACUAGGUCUAGAGAUCCUGAGUAUUAUAGAUGGCUGCAUGAGAAACUUAGGAAUGAGAGAGACAGAAAUAGUGCUAAUGGUGAUGGACAGGCUUCUUCUAGUGAAGCUAGGAGUGGGAAUUCAGCCGGUCAAAGUCUAGGUGGUGGUAGGAGCUCAACUGAUCCUAGUAGAGGUGGUGGUGGGAGGUCUACUGGUCCUAGUACUAGUCAUAAUGUUCUUGAUUAUGAAGAUGAAGAAGAGGAACAAAGGAUGCUGAAGAAACAGAGACCUAUUAUUAGCAACAAAAUGACACAGAAAAAGAAAGGUAGACAAAGAAAAGAAGCAGAGAGAACAAUCAGGGAAUUGGAGAGAGCGACACAAGAAGCAGAGAGGAAGAAAGAAGAAGAAGAAGAGGCACAUAAAAAGAUUCUUGAAUGGAGACCAAUGAGAGAAGCAAUAUCAAUGAAAGCGGAUGCUUCUGAUCCGAAGGGGAAAGCCAAGAUGAACUUUGAAGGAUCAUGCAAUACCAAAGACAAGAUUAUGGUUCAUAUCGAUGAUGAAGAGACUGAACCAGAUGCUUCGAGUGAAGAUUAUGACAUUGAUAUUAUUGCUCUUUCUAAACAACAGAAGGCUAAGGCUAAGGUUAAGGUUGAAGCUAAAGAGGAAAGAAUACUUAUUACUGAUUUGAAACAGGAGGUGGAGGAGACGGUUGCCGCUCAGAGAAGCUCUAAGAAAAAUAUAAUUACUGAACCAGCACAUCAAGCUCUUGAUGAUGACUCUGAUGACAAUAUUGCAUUUUCAGAAAACCAGAAUGCCAGUGCUGAUGUUGAAGUGGAAGAGCAAGAAACUUUUGUUGGCUUGGAGGAUGUAGUGGAGGUGGAGUUGAAAAGCUCCAACAGUAACAUAGUUGGUGAAUCGGCACAUCAAGCUUACGGUCAUGAUUCUGAGGAUGGUUUUGCGCUUCCAAUAAAACAAAAUUCUAGCGUUGAUAUUGAAGUUCAGGUGAGAAGAAGUUCAGUUGAUCUGGAGGAGGUGCACAUUGUGGCUGAAAAACCUUCCACGACAAAAAGAGUUGGAGUUAAAGAGGAAAGAAUAUAUAUUAUUGAUUUGGAGCAGGAGGUGGAGGAGACGGUUGCUGCUGAGAAAAGCAUAGUUAUUGAACCAACACAUCAAGCUCUGGGUGAUGAUUCUGACGACGGUAUUGCAUUUUCAGAAAACCAGAAUGCCAGUGCUGUUGAUGAGCAAAGAACUUUUGUUAGCUUGGAGAAUGUAGUGGAGGUGGAGUCGAUUACGGCCAAGAAAAGCUCCAGCAGUGAUAUAGUUGGUGAAUCGGCACACUAGAAGAUAGCAAAUAGUGUCUCUCUCUCGAGUCUACAUAUUUUGAAUUGGUCCAAAAGUUUUUUUUUCUUUUCGAAACUUUCUUGUUACAUGCAAGUUAACAACUUUCAGAAAAAUAGUGCAGGUAUAGACGCUCUAGUGGAGACAUGCAAGACGAGGAUUAAUGACUUGUUAUUUCUGUGUUAAAAGGUUAGGAAGGGUAUAACUCUCAGAUUUAAAAGCAA